UGUGCCUGGGGACCAGCCACCGCGUCUGCCCGAGCUCAGCGCCAGCGAUGCCGCCAAGCUCUCCUUUGCAAAUAACAAUGUGGCAUUUUCGUCCGGGGGGGAGGCGUCCGAGCCUUCUGCCUUCUUCCCCGUCAUAGCGGAUUGUGUGGGGGCAUAUCUUUUACAUAUCAAGGCGGGUCGGGGGAGGAGAGAAGGCCCGAGAUCAAGAAGAGGAAGAAAAGGACGAGGAGUAAAUGCGUGCUUGGAAACAGCCGUGCCAGCAGUAACACAACAAGGGGUGGGGGUGGGAAAUCAGCAAAAAAGAAACUUAUGGAAGAAUGAAGGAGAUGGUGGGCGGCUGCUGCGUCUGUUCCGAUGAACGCGGCUGGGCAGAAAACCCCCUGGUCUACUGUGAUGGGCAUGGCUGUAACGUGGCGGUGCAUCAAGCAUGCUAUGGAAUUGUUCAGGUUCCCACCGGACCAUGGUUCUGUCGAAAAUGUGAAUCUCAAGAAAGAGCCGCCAGGGUGAGGUGUGAGCUGUGUCCUCAUAAAGAUGGAGCACUGAAACGGACUGAUAGUGGAGGCUGGGCCCAUGUUGUCUGUGCUCUGUAUAUUCCUGAGGUGCAGUUUGCAAACGUUCUCACCAUGGAGCCUAUUGUCCUCCAGUACGUGCCCCAUGACCGCUUCAACAAGACUUGUUAUAUCUGUGAAGAACAGGGCAGGGAGAGCAAAGCGGCUUCUGGAGCCUGCAUGACUUGCAAUCGUCAUGGCUGUCGGCAAGCCUUCCAUGUUACCUGUGCUCAAAUGGCUGGACUUUUGUGUGAAGAAGAAGUCUUGGAAGUUGAUAAUGUGAAAUACUGUGGCUAUUGCAAGUACCAUUUCAAUAAAAUGAAGACAUCGCGCCAUUUUGGAGGUGGUUCUUUUACUGGAGGAAGGAGGAGUCGGUCAGCAUCGCCUACACAAGAGAAGCAUGUGUCUCAUCAUGAGAAACCAAAGAAGAGUCGAAAAGACAAAGAAAGGCCUAAACAGAAGCACAAGAAGCAUUCAGAAUCCCCCACCAAUCUCACACUGUCUUCCACACCCAUAGUCACCGAGAAGCAGAGUUCCACCAACCACCAUGAGAGCAGUAAAGAAUCCUCAGAGGUCAUCAGGUCAGAGGUGAAAGGCAAAAGAUCUUCAAGCCAUGGCACAAGCCACAAAACCAAGAAGUCUGGAAGUGGGAAAAGCUCAACGGGUUUUGGCUCAUCCUCGUCCAGUGGAGCAUUUCCACCAGCAGGUACCUCAUGCAGCUCCUUGCCCUUCUCCCAGGACUUUGUAACCUUUCCGAAGCUUGAGCAGCAGCAGCCUGAGGAAGAGAAAUACCACAAGCCCAUCUCUUCAUCCUCGUCUUCCGCCCACUGCUCUCCACUGUAUGAAGGGCAGAAAAGUGAUGUCUUUGAGCAGAAGGUGAUCUUUUCAGGUUUUGGCUCCAUCAUGCGUUUCUCCACCUCAGCCGUGAGUCAGCAGAGGGGACGGGAUGCUUCCCCUGUGGACUACAAGGCCUCCAACUCUAUUGGUGGCACCCCAAGUGGGAGUGUUGGAGUCAGCAGUGGCAGCAGCCACAAGCGCAUGCCAUCUCUUGGUGGGGAAGAGGUAGAAGUCCUGAAGGAAAAAAAGCACAAGGCCAAUAAGAAAAGCAAGCAUGGACCAGGAAGGCCCAAAGGUAGCAAGAAUAAAGAAGUGCCAGGUACCCAACUGGUUGGGACUACAGCUACCUCCUCUUUGCCUUUCUCUGGGGGGUCCCUGGUCAGCUCCAGCAUCAGUGGCUCUUCACGAUCAUUCAGCCAUGCGACCGCCCUUCCAAGCCUCAGCCUGGAAUCUCCACUUCUGGGAUCAGGGAUCUAUACAAGUAACAAGGAUCCCAUUUCUCAUGGGGGCGGGAUGCUCAGGACCGUGUGCAGCACUCCCCUUUCCUCUAGUCUUCUGGCUCACCAAGGCACUUCAUCACUUCCCCAGCUCACCCGUUCACCUUUUGCUGGCACCAUCCCAUCCUCCUCUUCUUCCUCCGUCUCUACUACCCAGGUCUUCUCACUGGCAGGAUCCACAUUUAGCCUCCCUUCCUCACACAUUUUUGGAAGUCCUCUCAACUCUGGACUGUCAAUAAAUCCUCUGCUCAACCAAUCUGAAAAUAACCGAACAGAACCAGAUUUGGAAGACUGCAAUUUUGCCUGCCGAGGGUCAUCACCCCAAGAAAGUCUUUCUUCCAUGUCUCCCAUCAGCAGCCUCCCCACUCUCUUUGACCAGACGGUAUCAACUAGCAGUGGACAGCUGGAAAAUGUCCCCCAGGCCACACCAAACAUCGAGCAGCUCCUGGAGAAACAGGGCAAUGGAGAAGCCGGUGUCAAUAUCGUAGAGAUGCUCAAGGCACUUCAUUCACUACAGAAAGAAAAUCAGCGCCUUCAGGAGCAGAUCAUGACUUUGGCAGCUAAAAAGGAGCGCCUGCAGCUUCUGAAUGUUCAGCUCUCUGUUCCCUUCCAAGUGGUGACCACCAGCAAUGGCCCCUCAGGCCAGGCCCAAUACAUCCUAGCUCCCAACACCUGCAACAGUGACUCACUGAGUAUCAGCAAGAGCCCCCCAUGCAAAAAUAGUUUUGGUAUCGAGAAUGCACUGUCCACUUCCUCUGAGGAUCUUCACUCAGGAUGCCCAAGCAGGAGCAGCUCCUCUCUGUCCUUCCACAGCACACCUCCUCCACUCCCCUUGCUGCAGCAGAGCCCUGCCUCACUUCCUCUAACUACUGGGGUCCAACAGCAGCCACCACUACCACCAGUGAAUGGUCUGAGCAGAGCCAUGGGGACUGUUCAUGGAGGAAGUGCCCCAGCUAGUCACAGCCUUGUGGAUGGUCUCCUUGGCAGUCUGACAGGAGGGCAGCAGAUCCCCAUCAAUGGCAUUCUAGGAAGUUUAAAUGGCACUGUGGCCACUCAGACCCAGAAUCCAGUACUGGCACAAACCAGUGGUCCCCCCAACCUACAGCUCUCCAUGAACCAAAGUAGCAUGCCCAGCGUGACUCAUUUGUCGGAGCAGCAGAGGCAGCUGCUCAGCCAGCCUGAACUUCAGCUGCAGCAACUGCAGCAGCUCCUGACGUCACAGCCACUCAGCCCGGAGCAGCAGACGUUGAUAUUCCAGAUGAUUCAACAAAUUCAGCACAAAAGAGAAUUGCAGCGGCUCCAGAUGACUGGCUCCUCCAUACCUGGCCUUGGGCCAGCUACUACCACAUCCCUUCUCCACUCCAGCAAUAACGCACCAUCGGCUGCCAACAGCACUCUCCUGGCCUCCAUCUCCCCCCAACAACUUAAUCCUGCCAGCUCAUUGAUGGCUUCCCCACCACUCAGCACCCCUGGGAACAGCCUGAUGUCAGCAGCAGCAGGGUCUGUUAUUCCACCUGUCCUCACAGCCCAAACCAACCCUUUCCUCAACCUGCAGGGUGACAGUAGCAGCCAGAAAGGAAUGGUGAGCAUCUUAUAAGGAGGCCAAAAGCAAGAGCAUGAAUGAAAAGGGAGGUGCCUCAGUGCAAGACAAAGGCUAACUUUGGUGAUACCAGGCUGCUUUCUCUGCCAUAGGAAAACAGUCUCUCCCUGAGCCUUGGAUCUCAAAACGUAGAGCAACCACAUGAAAGGCUUCCCAGAAAGUCUUCCUCGCCACAGUCACGGUGACACCAAGUGGAGGCAUGCCAGAAGUCUACGUUCCUCGGUUCUGAGCCUGUCAUUUAGUGCCCUUCUAAAAGAGACAGGUGGCGUGAGCACCCCUUUCCUUUGCUGGCUUUGUCUAUUCUGCUGCACUUAAGUCAUGAGAAGUUGCACUCCAGAUGGAAAGGACAAAGCAGUCUGUUUGACAUCCAAGGAUAUCCCCUCAAAGAUGGGAUAUAUGAGCUGGACACAGCCACAAUCAUCUGGUGACUAAUGUUAUUUUUGCAGAGCAUGACAUUUCCAAACCAGGGUUAAGAAAUCCAACAAUAUUCAACUGUAGGAAGAUCCAGCUACAGCAAAUCAGGAUCAGAUGUUUUUCAAGUUUCCAGUGAAUAGGAAGGUAGGGUUGGAGAAAUAGUACUUGGAGAUCCAGAUACAUGAAUCCUAUACCAAGAGUUUCACUCCCAUAGGACUUCAGAUGUCUACAUCAUCACUGACUCCUACUGAGGUACAGUUCAGCUGGGAAUGAAAAGGUAGUCUCAGCAUAACUGGGAACAAUUGCCUUCGUUCUCCCAAAUCUCUGCCAGCCACAUGUCUUAAAAACCAUUCUGAAGGAAAUGGCCCCACUCUUCCAUCUUUGACCAAGGGAUUCAUCUUUCUAUCCUUCAGGAGUCUUUGCAGGCAAUGUAUGGUUACAAAUAAUCUAUAGUCAAUGCUGAGAUAUUUCCAGCCACUCACAAAGAGCUUUUGUUCUCUGUCAGAUCAACCACUCAAAAGCCAACACCAAAGAGGCAAAACAAAGGCUUUGUCUAACAGCAGGAGCUAUUCCAUCCAUCUCCAACAGCAGCUGGUAAGAACAUCUUCCCUGUGAAACAGAUCUAAGUCAGAUCCCAUCUAAGGAAAACGUUGGUCUUCCCAUCACUGGAAGCCUAUUUCCAUCUCCAUUUUAUAACCAGAUGUCUUAGCAAAGGCAUGAAUUUCCUCCUCCUUCCGGGGGAAAAAAGUGAAAUGGAGAUAAAAAUCAGAUAUUCUGAGGAACCCAGCUCAGCUUUGUCUUUAUUGGAUAAAUCCAGAUCUCUUUGGGAGCAAGAUUCCAGGUGAUCAAAACACCUAGGAACUUUCAAAGUUUUCCUGCCUCCAUGGAUAUACAGUCAUUUUUAGGCUCAAUCUUGCCACCUGUUCCAAUUUGCACUAUUUUCAACCAUUGGUGGUGAGCAAGUGCUGAUGGCCCCAUAAUAACCACUGUUGUUUAAAAUCAUAUUUUUGUGUGUGUGUUUUUUCUAUUUGAACAAAGCAACAGUAUCUGCCACAUAGGUGAGUUGGACUUUUAACAAAUAAGACACUGAAGCAACUUUUCAGGAAUUUUGUGUUUGGUUUAUUUUAUUCAAACAGAUAUGUUUAACUCCAAGUUUUGAGUGUGUGUGCAUACAUGCACGCAGUUUAAGUUUGUUUGCUUGUUUUUAUGAUAUUGUUUAAUAGCUCCUGGAAACUGACAAAAACAGUAAGUAUUCCAAAUGAAAACUGGGAAGUUUUCUUUCCAGUCAUGGCAGCUUUGGCACAAGUUAAGGAGCAGCUAGAAGAACAACAUUUGACUCCCUUCCACUUCAGCUGAGUGUAAACAUAGUUUUUUAGUCAGAAAACUAGGCCAACUCAAUGCACUUACUCUUUAGAUAGCCAACUCACCUUUAAAAUACAUCCAGGCCAGUGCAUUCGUUUUAUUUUGUCCUUCACUAGCUUAAUUAGAGUAUUUCCUUGGUCCUUAUUCAGCUGCCAUAAUACUGAAUGGCUAUUAGUUGUGAUGGAAGUAGUUCAGAGCGGAGAACAGAAGCUACAUCUAACCUUUGCUCCCCUUUUCAAGUAACUAAUGGGCACUAUCUCCAGAAUUCUUAUUGUAACCUGCAACUGCAUUGCAAAAAGUAACUGUUCCAUAGCACCAGCAAAAUUCAUAAUCCAUCUAGGCCUAUGACUUCUGUCUCCUUAUCUUGGUGCUGGGGGAAAAGAUUAUUUUUUCCAACUACAGCUACUAGAAUUGCAAGCAUGAUUUUUUUAGAAAAUUGUUGCCAUCAAUAAAUGUUGUAUCUGCACAACUGCACCCGUAAGGUUAUAGAAUGUUUAGCCAAAGGAAGGCAAGUGGAUAAGCAUUCAAGAGAAAAUGACAGGUGUAUGAGAGCAAACUGAUCAUUAAAAUAUUUUGGAAAAGAGAUGAGUUCUUUAAAUAAACAAAAGGGGUAAAGCAUUAGCUGAGAAGGAUGACAUUCUAUCUAAAACAUCGUGGAAAAGUUUGUAUCUCUGCAAUGAGAGCAGAACUAGACAUCACAAAAGGAAGGUUCUACUCCAUAUUUUCAUUGGACUGUAAUCAUAUUAGUGGAUUGGGUAAAGGCAUUUGAGGAAGAGAAUUAACAGAUGGGAAGGGGCUAGUCAUGUGACAUUGCACUUAGGCACAUUUGCUCAUUCGAGGCUUGCAUUCUAAAAUCUAAUAUUAUUGUUUUCUUGCUAGCCCAUAAAGCUUUUGCAGGGAUAUUUUUCUCCUUUAAGCCUUUUUCUGCUUGUAUUUUCCCUUGCUUUGAGCCACAGGGUAGAUAAUCUGUGUUCCUCCAGAUGUUGGUGAACUUUCAUUCUUAGCAACCCUAGUCAAUAUGAUCAACUAUGGACAAUGCUGGGAUCUAUGGUUCAGGAACAUCUGAAGGACCAUAGGUUGCCCACCCCUGUGUUAAGGAAUGAGACAGUUCUACAAAACUGUCAUUUCCUAAGAUCGAGACAGUGCAUCGAUCAUGUUUUGUGACUUUAAGCACUCAGAAAGUGGGAGGUAUCUAGCCCCAGGUGAACCACCAUAUAAAAAUUGAAAAAAAAAUUAUCAUCAUAAUUACAGUCAUCGUUACAUUUAUAUAUCAUGUUUCCUCUGAAAGCUCAAGGUGAAAUACAUGGAGAUCACCCUUCAUUUCUCCACAUAACAAAUGUGUGAGGUAGAUUGGACUGAGCAAUAGUGAUUGGUCUGAAAUCGUGGAGUCCUUGGGGUUCUCUGAGCUUGGUUGUUUUCUUGCAAACAUUUCGUUUGCAAAG